AUGAGUAGAGCCAGUAAAAUAACGUUCACAGUUUCCUGUCUAAUAACUGCAGUGACCGUGGUCGGCGUACACUAUGUCCAAGAAAUGGAGAGGGAAACUCUGCAUCAGGGGCCGAUAAAAGAUGCUAAACGAGUCGAAGAGAAAAGAUUGAGAAACUUAAAUGGAGCUUCUUCAUUAGAUCCUACAAAACAAAAGAAAAGAUACUUCAAUAUGAGUGAGCACGAGGAACAGAAAGAGUUGCGGAAGAAAUAUGAAGCUAUGCAACCGCUUAGUGGGGAAGUCGUUACCAAAGACGGAGAGGUGGUUAAUAAAUCUAAGAAAUAA